UAUCGAGUGCAGAGAAACAGGGAAAAUGGCAAAAUCACUAGAAUCACAAAUCCCACAACAAAAGGCUUUCGGUUGGGCUGCCAGAGAUUCGUCUGGAAUCCUCUCUCCCAUCCAUUUCUCUCGAAGGGAAAAUGGUGUUGAAGAUGUGAGUGUAAAAAUCAUGUACUGUGGUGUGUGUCACUCCGACUUGAAAUUUUGCAGGAACGAUUGGGGUAUUACCCGUUACCCUCUUGUUCCAGGGCAUGAAAUUGUCGGCACUGUGACAAAAGUUGGGAACAAUGUGAAGAAAUUUAAAGUGGGUGAUAGGGUCAGUGUUGGGGUUAUGGCAGGCUCCUGCAUGUCAUGCGAGUACUGCAACCAGGGUCUGGAAAAUUACUGCCCUAGAAUUAUAUUUACUUACAACUCCAUUGACAUUGAUGGGACGAUCACUAGUGGUGGUUAUGCGGAUUCCAUUGUUGCCAACCAACACUUUGUGUUUCACUUUCCUGAUGGCUUACCUUCUGAUGCUGGUGCACCAUUGUUAUGUGCUGGGAUCACAGUGUACAGUCCAAUGAAAUAUUAUGGAAUGACUGAACCAGGAAAACAUUUGGGAGUAGCAGGGCUCGGUGGGCUUGGACAUCUCGCCGUGAAGAUUGCUAAGGCCUUUGGGUUGAGAGUUACUGUCAUUAGUUCCUCACCAGGUAAGGAGAGUGAAGCAAUUAGUAAACUUGGCGCUGAUGCGUUCAUCGUUAGCAGCGACUCGGAAAAAAUGAAGGGAGCUACUGGAACUAUGGAUUACAUCAUUGAUACAGUGUCUGCAGUUCAUCCCCUGGCACCGCUUCUUAGUCUGCUCAAGGCAAAUGGAAAGCUUAUCACAUUAGGCUUACCUAAUAGGCCCCUGGAGCUGCCUGUUUUUCCUCUGGUUUUGCGGCGGAGGCUCGUCGGAGGAAGCAACAUAGGAUCGGUAAAAGAGACUGAGGAGAUGCUGGAGUUUUGUGCAAAGCACAACAUAACUGCAGAUGUUGAAGUGAUCAGAAUUGAUGAAAUCAACAAAGCCAUGGAUAGGCUUGCCAAAUCUGAUGUCAAGUACCGAUUUGUGAUAGAUAUGGAAAGCUCCUCAUCUCAGCCAUGAACUUAUCUGUUUCUAAAUCUUUUGUUUUGGGCCAAGUUAUACUGUACUGUUCCUACUCUUUC